AUGAGUUCCUCGUACACAGCCGGGCAGCUAUACCGGCGCAGGUUCCCAAAUGGCCACCAGUGCGCAUCGGCUGACGUCGAGUCACACCACGUGGACGGCGCAGCAGACGACAUGCGGCUCCGUCUCGUCCGCUCUCUCUUUACCGCCAUCACCAGCACAGACAGUUCCGACCCGCGCCAUCGGCGGGUCUUGGACAGUCGAUUGGAAUCGGCUGUCCAAGGCAUGCGUGACAGCAACCACGUCCUCAGACACGUGCUGAGAGGCUGUCCGACAACUUCCAAAAGUGCCGCAGUCCACUACAUCGCCAAUGCGAUUGCCGACCACCUCAGCCACCCUGUGCGCUCCGAGCCCGGGAUCGAGCUGGUCGGCAUUUUCAUCUCCGAGCCGCCCCAGGACGGCGACCGGCGUGGCCAGCCCUUCUCGGUCAAGUUUCUCCGGGGCCGCGCUGGGCGGUGGCGCCGCGGCGGCGCACACGCCGUCUUCAUCGAGGUGUGUCCGUGGUCUCAGCCCGAGUUCCGCGGGGUUCGACAAGCAAGUGUUGGCCCUCCUGACAGGAGCGGCACGGCCCGGCCUGCCACGGGGCCGGGCGAGGCGUGGUGGUGGGCGCCCAGCAGCAGCAGCAGCCCAUCCAAUGCGGCGGAACCGGUGCAGGCAGGAAGACAACAGCGCCAGAACCGAGAGACAACUGUCGCUGCCGCUAGGGGCAACGACGUGCAGGAAGCGUUGCCUUUUCCGGUGAGGGAAGAGCGGGCUGACUGGGCUGGCAUCAUCAAGUGGAUCUGUGCUGCUGUCAUCGCCAUAGAUGUUGUCGGCGCCGUCGUUUUCAUCGGCAUGCUGGGGCAGGCGCUCUCGACGAGAACUCAUCGCGUCUCUCGUCCGAUCCGGCCGUACAAGGUGCCGCUAGUGAAGCGACGGGCAAUCGACCCGACGCUGGGCGAGCUGGUCUCGAUGCUGGGCAAGCUGGCCUCGACGACGGGGAGGGUAGCUCGGAAGCUGACUGAAAUGGAGCGGCUGCGGCCUGUCACCAGCGCUCGACCGUGA